AUGGACUUCCUCUUCAAUGCUGUGCUUGAUCUCGAUCUCGACUCGGGACGGGUGAGGCUGCGAAACGUGCCUGACUGGUUAGCCGAUAUCAUGUCGCUGGCUAUGGGCUCAUUAGGGCGCAAUAAGUUUGGCGUCGACGAAGCGAUAAGCCUGCUAGAACCAGUGGAGCUGCUAGACGACGUCGACGACACUGUGUGUCCUAUUUGCUAUGAAUCCUACGCUGAUCCAAAACACUACGACCUCCAGGGACUCAGAAACGGCACCCCACUCCAGGACGAACACCCCCCGACUAGUCGCCACUUGGAGCGGCUUAUCGAGCUAGAUGACGACGUCCACGAUGCCUUUCGCCACUUGGAAUGCGAGCGCUGGCGCAGCAAACUGAGAUUCAAUGACCCGCUGAUGUAUUUCCCCGUCGACGAGCUGGGGUUUAAUUACUUGAGAGUACCGCAGCGAAUGCUUCUUGAUUCUAGAGAGGUUGACGACCUGGACCUAUUCCCGAACUACGAUACUGGUUUCGGGUCCAGUGGUGCCUCGCGAGUGACCAAUCCUGACCUCCAUAUCCCCAUGCGUAUCGCUCAGUGUCGUCAUGUGUUUGGCCGGCUGUGCCUUGUGGAGUGGUUUAAGAAUAACCUCUCGUGUCCUUUAUGUCGCCAACAAAUGGUAGCUGAGGAAACCAAUAGUCAAGGAGUGGCUUCGCAACGUCGACGCCGGUUAGAACGUGACGGACGCUUUGCCUUUUCCGAUAGGGCUCGGGAAACGGAAGACCUUAUGGUUGUCACCGACGUGUUUGCUCCCCCACGCCGAGCUCCCUCUACCGCGGUGACGCCGCUUACUGAUCUUUAUGUUCGCCAACACUGGGCUACGCCGCCUGAUGCACCUCAGGCGCCGCCGCUGGCGCCGGACCCUGACCUCGUCAUGCCCCAACGGUUCCGAGGCAGUGAAAGCAUCAGUUUCUUUGCCAUUGACUAA